AUGGCGGACAUAGUAAGAUUAGUUGAUCGUCUGCGACAACGAGAAGAAAGGAGAGCAGUUCGUCCGAGGACCUUUAGAGAUCGGCUUAAUCCUUUGGAGAUGAGGACAGAUGAGGAGUUGUACGCCAGGUACAGGUUCAGGAGACCCACCUUGCUAUUUAUUGUUCAUUUGGUCGCCGAUAGUAUAACGCAUCCAACGAGAAGAUCCCAAAGUCUGCCUCCUCUCAUACAGGUUCUCGUUUUUUUGAGAUUUCUGGCGACAGGGGCAUUUCACCAACUGAUUGGCGACGCCAUUCACAUAUCAAAGGCCACUGCUGGACGCUGCAUCCGUCGUGUUGCGGACGUCCUCGUUAGAUUGCGUGGGGAUUUCAUCAAAUUCCCGACUGGGCAGGCGGCAGACAACACAAAACGUGCCUUUCACGCUAUUGCAGGUGCGUAUUUCCAAUUAAAAGACAUAAAUGAUAUCGAAUCUAGUACCACAGACAAGUUUUGA